CCGGCCGGAGGCAUUUGUCCGAACACACGGUCCCUACCCUGUAAAGCUCCCGGAGCUUUCAGUCUGCAUGCAGAGGAUCUGAAGGAAAUGUUUGAUUUGAACGUGUUUUGUUUCAUCGAUGGAAGCUGAUCAGCUGCGGGAUCAAUCGAUGCUUCCGCGGCUGACGUCAGCUCCGCCUCCACUGCAGUAUGGAGCUCUCCUCUCUGCUUCAUGACCUUCAUCUCUCCCCCGCCUCCUCCUCCUCCUCAGAGAAGCCCCUCCCCUCUCCCGCUCUUCCUCCAAUCACAGAGCUCCUGUCCCGGCUGCAGGAGAAGCUGAUUGGCGCAUCCACAGACUCUGAAACGAGCUCCCUGAUUGGUCGUGUGGAACAGCUCUUCCAAACAGCAGAUCCCCAUUGGCUGUUCUCCCCAGUCUCAGCCAAUCAGGAUGACGGCUGGGCGGGGCUUCGGGCGGCGUACAGCUCUCUGGUCAGUGCUCUGAUUGGCUGCGCAGCUCUGCCGCUCUGUGAGGACGACUGCGGCUCUCUGCCCGCUGCGGCCUAUCAGAGCGUCCCGACCCGAGCCGGACCAGUAUGCUCCGCCCUCAGAGCGCUGCUGGGAACUCUGGGAGACUGGGAGGCAGGGGGCGGAGCCAGAGGAGGUCGGACUGGUCUGCUGCUGACUGUGGCUCCUCCCAUCUGCGUGUUCGCUGUCACACAUUUCCAGGAUCAGGCGUGGACCAGCUCCUCCUCCAGAGCGGCGGCACAGAGCCUGCAGGGGGCGCUGCUGAGGGCGGGGGGCUGGAGGGACUCGCCCCACCUCCUGAUGGGGGACGGGAGUCAGGACAAAGCGGAGGAGGGGGGAGGAGGGAGGAGCAGAGGAAUUCUGGGAGGAAUCCUGGACGUCCUGCAGCCUCAACUGACCAAGGACUCGUGGCAGCGUUGUGAAGCAGUGAAGUUGGUGUUUGCUUGGACUCUCCUGCAGGUGACUCGCCCCUCUCUCUCCCCUCAUCUGCCCCACCUCCUCCCCCCCUCCCUCCUCCUCAGCGACCACUACAGACCAGAGAACUGCAUGCUGGGAGUUCGCUGUUUGCACCACAUCGUGCUCAACACGCCUGCUGCAGAUCUUCGUCAGUUCAACAGAGCAGAAGUUCUCUACCAGGCGUUAUUCAAACACCUGUACACCACAGAGGCUGCUGUCAUACAGCCGGUCCUGUCGUGUCUGUUGGACCUGCUGUUGGUUUUGGAGAAGGCCCCCUCCUCUCUCGCCCCCUCCUCCUCCCGCAGGAAGCCCUGUCGCCAUGACGACGUGCUGCGUCUGGUCCUGACGCACAUGGAGGCGGAGCACAAGGUGGCGCUGCGACGCGUCUACGCCUCCGCUCUGCCUCCGUACAUAGACAGGAUGGGCGUGGCGGUGUGCAGACACCUGCGGCGGGUGGAGCGGGUGGUGCUGGGAUACCUGGAGAUCAGAGACCCACCUGAGGAGACGAGUCGACUGAAGAUCCUGGAGGUGCUGCAGAAAACCACCAGAGCAGCCUGGCCACGGAUGGCGUCUCGUGUUGACGUGUUGCUGCGUUGCUUGUUGAAAUUGCUGCUCGACGUCUCUUCAGACUCUCAGCUCAGUGAUUCAGUCAGACAGAAGCUGAUGAAUCAAACGUCUCUCUGCGUCAAACUGCUGGACGGCUGCUCACAGGGAACGCUCCAGCCUCUCCUCCAGCAGGUCGACAGCAGCUGCUGCAGCUCUGAGGUGCUCGGUUGCCUGGCGACAGUAACUAUGACGACAGAGAGGUGAUGCCGCACACCUGGAACAGACGCAGCGAGUGCAGAGCAGCUGUUUCCUGACAGACAGAACUGAGGGCGUGAGAGUGGACGCUUACCGGGUCGGACUUCCUGUUGACGUUUUUUUUUUGUCGGCAGAUGUUUGAGGAAGUUGGAAAUAAUUUUUUUUAAGUAUAAGUUUGCUGUUAUUCUAUAUUUUUCUCAUAGUCAACAACCGUCUGACUUCCUGUCUGCGGCUCUCAGCUGCGAGCCCAUUGGUUCCUGCUGAAGACGUAAAUCUUUAAAAACACCUCGCAGAUAAAUAGUUUCCUGUUUUAAAAAGGCUGUGAUUUCCUCAAACAGCUGCUCGCUGUUAAUAUGAUUAUUGUUGGUUUGCGGACAAGAAGAAAAUAUAGAUUAUCAUUUAAAGUGAAAUAAACCAACUGCUGGUGUGUUGCAGCAUUAAUGUGUUUGAGUCAGAAAGACUUUCAUUCAAAGAUAAAUAUCAUCAUACGUUCAGUCAUAGUGAGACAAACAGUAAUGCUAAUGCUAAUGCUAAUGCUGCAUUCAGGUCAUGUGGGAGUUAUUGUAAUCUCCAGUUUCUGACGUAUUAAAAAAAAAAAAAACAGCGUUCACUUCAACUUCCAAGUCUCAGUUAUGAUAUUUCUGACUAAAUAAUACAGAAAUGUUAAAAUAACAAACAUAAACACGUUGCUUCAGUCUGAUGCUGAAGGUAAUUAAACCCAAAUAUAAUGUUUUAUAGUGAUAUAUUAUCAGUUCAACUCUCAUACGACCAGCUCUGCUGUCGUGGUCAUCUUUUUUUCCCAUUGGACUUGAAUGCAGCGUCAUUUACCGCUGUUUGUCAGAGGUGGGAAAGUUAACCAGACGUCCAUUUCUACUAAAUAUGUCCUUUAGAUCAGCGGUUAUAUAAUCUUCAUGUCUGAAAACCUGAACCUUUCCAUGUAAUGUGGAGGUCCGACUAAAGUGCUGCGUUGAUGGUGUUUUUCAUCUGUCGGUGGGACGAUUUCCAGAUGUGAUCAAUAGAAACAUCUCUGCUUUCACUGUCUGUAAAUGUGUGAGGGGCUGUUUCCCAGCUGCCAUGUUCUGUCCCGGUUAUGUUUGUAUAUUUCUCAGUAUUUUGGGCUGUUUUUAACAUUUUGAAAGGACGUUUCUUUAUUUUGUGACAACAGUCGUGUUGUUUCUGUCUGCGCUCACUCUGGACUUCAUCAGUUUCCUCUUCACUGUGCUGUUCGACGAGUUUAAACUGCUUCUGAUACAGUAAAUGGUUUCUGUAAGUGAUAAACGUUCAAUAAAAAAAUUCAAAUCUU